AUGGCUCUGAACACGGAGAAUGAUCCUUUGAUGUGCAAAUGCUUUCCUACAAGCCUAACCAGACCGACGAUCAAUUGGUUCAAGAAUUUGGCAAGAGGCUCAGUCGAUAGCUUCCGGGACCUGUGUGACAAAUUCAUAAGCCAGUAUUAUGGGAACAAGCACCCCGCCAAAGAUAUUUCAAGUCUGUUCACAAUGAAGCAGCAUGAAGAGGAGCAUCUCCAGGCUUUCCUCACCAGGUUCAACCUCGUUAAGAGCAUGGUAAUAGAAUGUCAUCCAUCCACGGCAGUUCGAACAUUCAAACUAGCAAUGAACCAAGGGAUACUGUUCCACACAAGUCUGGUGGUAAAUACGCCGAAGACUAUGGACGAGCUGAACGAAAGAGCUGAUGGUUUCGUGCGCGUGGAAGAAAAAGAAGUUACUAAUGCAAGGAAGACUUCAAUAAUCUCGACGGAGGAGAAGUCCAAAACCAAGAUCCGGCAAAAACAAGCUCCAUCACAGCGUCAGGCCUCCUGGAAAGCAAAAAAGAGGCCUAAAGAGGAGGAGUCGGUCACUCCACUCAAAGUCACCCUAGCAAGGUUGUAUCAGGAGAACAAAGAUAAGUUUAGCUCUCCCUUACCAAUUAGACAACCUCUUUAA